UUUUCCAUUUGCAUAGAAUUUUAAACCUGGGAACCCGUGCAAGUUUUUGUUUUCUUUGACAGGAAUACAGGAUACUGUACUGGAGUUGGUCGCUCAUUUACUCCAAAAUAAUUACUCAAGUUGGGGCGCCAUUUCUGUAUCUUCUUCUACUCCCAGGGAGUGAAGACCACUAAGGAAUAUACUGUUUGGUGGAUUUCAAAAAUUACGGCAAUUUGGAAUUAGAUACAAUGUUUCUCAAAGUACAACUGCCUUGGAAUGUCAUCAUCCCUGCUGAACAUAUGGAUGUCAAAGGACUGAUGCUGCAAAAAUCAAUCAUACUCCGGCUGAUGGAAGAUUUUGCCGCCAAGAAGGCAACCAAGGACCUUGGGUAUUUGCUUGCAGUCACAACUUUGGACAACAUAGGAGAGGGGAGAGUCAGGCAGCAGACAGGGGAUGUUCUUUUUCCUGUUACCUUCAGCUGUCUCACUUUUAAGAUAUUUCGCGGAGAGGUUCUGGAAGGAACAGUCUACAAGGUAUUGAGGCAUGGGGUGUUCUUAAGAUCUGGACCUGUCGAGACCAUAUUUCUCUCUGCUCAGAAGAUGCAUGGCUAUCAGCUUGUUCCAGGUGAAAAUCCGAUGUUCAUAAGUGAGAAGCAGUCGAAGAUCGAGAAAAAUGUUGUGGUGCGCUUUUCUGUGAUCGGUACUAAGUGGGUGGAGACUGAAAGGGAAUUUCAGGCUGUCGUUGGUUUGGAGGGAGACUUUCUUGGACCUGUUUGAUAUUGAAAGAUCUAGGUAUCGUGUUCGAGCACUUGUUUUCUACUAUAGUAGGGUGUAAAUAUCUGGCGCUGAACACAACUGUAAGCUGUUGUGCUGCUUCUUUGCCAGAGCAUUACUUCAGAACCUUUUAGCAGUAUGCAUUAUGAAUAGUUUACCGUAAAGAAUUGGAUGUAAGCAUUUUGAAGGUGUGUAUGUAGAAUUCAGCUUGCAAUUGCUUUCA